UAGAAUUAUCGGAUGCUUUGGUUGAUGAUGAUUAUUCAAUUUCUUGUGUUAUUGUAUGUUUUAAACCUACCAAAAUAUUAAUGUGAGAGCCCCUCUACAAUGUCAUGCAUAUCAUAUACACUAAUCUGCCCAUGUACAUAUUUGGAUACAAUAUUGUUUGUAUGGACUGUUUAAUUAUCAAUUAGUAAUAGCAGUCCUUAUUGUGCACAAGAAGAAUCCCAAGCUUGUGACUUGAUGAGUUAACACUCUUGUGACCAUUUCAAUCAUAUAUGUUAGAAAGGACUACAAUUUGACAUCUGUAACUUGAAUAGAGUUGGUUAUUAGUACUUAGGUUUGAUAGUUUAACAUAAUUUUGUUGACUGAAUAUUAGUUUUGGUCAACAUUUUAAUCUAUAUUUACUGAUAAUCAGAUGUUUUUAGUUUGCUUCUUCAACUGAAGUUAGAGUUUUGAGGUAAUUGCUAAGGUCAAAGAUUUCCUCAAGGCCAAGGGUAGGGAUAAAAGGUUUUUUUCAACAAUUCUUGUCUUAGUUAGCUUCAACAGAAGGUAGCUAAUCCAAAUUUCAUUCAUUUGAUAAGGAUUCAACAUGUACAUUGUAUAGUAUUGAGGCCAGAAUGUCUUAUUAAUAAAAAUUUGAACAGUGACCAUUUUGUACUGAGAACCUUUUAGAAUUACAGUGCAAGUCAAUACAUUUUAACUUAAUAUCACCUAUGCCUUCUCCCCAACCUCUGUGGAUUUAAUUGAGUCGGAAGCUCUUGAGGACAAUAAUGAUAUUCCAUGUUUUGUCUCAUAGUUUGGACAGAAAAUAUGGUGAAUAUAAACUUCAAUAAUGUUUUGAUUUGGAUAUUGAAUAAUAUCUAUUGCUCAUGUAAUGAUAUCACACUUCUGAACUUGUUUUACUGCUUUACCUGUUGAUUAAUGAGUACAUAUAAGCUCUCUCUAAGUGUUUUUCUGCUGCUUUACAUGUUGAUUAAUUAGUACAUAUAAGCUCUUUCUAAUUAUUUUUCUACCACAUUACCUGUUAAUUAAUUAGUACAUAUAGGCUCUUUCUAAUUGUUUUUCUACUGCUUUACCUGUCGAUUAAUGAGUACAAAUAGGCUCUUUCCAACUAUAUUAUCUUUUUGCAAGUGGUUGACUUCAUUGUUCAGAAGCUUUAUGCAUUGAGAAAACCCAAAACAAAUAUCCAGAUCCUUCAACAGAGUGUUCUUUUAAAGUACAAUGAACUGGUCUGCUAUAAAUUUAGUAGAUAUGUCUGUUCCAUUGACGCCUUCUAAGAGACCACAUGAUCGAAACCUUACAGAGUCAAAUGGGAAAGGAAAGUGGCAAAAGACACACAAACAAUCUGUGAAAUUUGCUCCUGGGAGUGUUGUCUUACGCUUACUCUGUCCUGCUUCCAAAACUGGUGGUGUCAUUGGAAAAGGGGGCAACAUCAUUUCUGAAAUCCGUCAAGAAACUGGCGCAAAGGUCAGAGUUAAGGAAACUAUUCCUGGUUGUGAUGAGAGGGUAGUUGUUAUCUCAGGUUCUGAUAAAGAGAUUGAGGUGAUGACUGAAGCAAGCUGGGAUGAUGGCGGUGAAGAGACAAACAUGGAUGAAAAGAACGAUGAUGAAAAGGAACAGAAUGAAAACAAUGAAGAUAAAGAAUCUGAUGCUGUGGGAGAUGCCAAAUCGGAUAAGGGAACUUCAGCCGUGCAGAAGGCCCUUUUUCUUGUUUUUGAGAGAAUAAUUGAAGGAGAACUAGAGACAGAUGGAGGGGAUGAAGAUGAUAAUAAGUCUUCUUCAAUUGUUUUUAGGCUACUUGUGCUUUCCAAUCAAGUAGGCUGCCUUUUACUUCUAGGGUGGCAGUGUAAUCAAGCAAAUGUCAGCUGAAAGUGGGGCACAAAUACGGAUUCUUCCAAGGGACAAACUUCCUCCAUGUGCAUCCGCUGCUGAUGAAUUAGUUCAGGUAGUUUUGAUGACAUUAUUUGUUAUGUAGUACUAUACUAUAAUUAGUAAUCAGGAAUACUGCAGAUUGUCAGUUACUUGUGCGAAGUUCUAAUGAUUCUAAUUUUAUUGGGUUAACAUCUAAUGCAAAGGCAAUGUCUAUAUUAAUAGUAACCAUGAGUAAUUGAACUCCCUAG